CUUAAUUACUUAUUAAAGUUCAACGGUCUACACACAAAUGCCCCUUCAAUUAUUUCUCUUUUUUGAUUCACACACACACACGCAGUAGUAACCAGCAACUUUCACAUUGUGCUUUGACCAAAUCGAGCUUGGUCAACGAACCUCCAUUUAUAAAGUUGUUUAUAUCUACAAUCUAAGCUCCCAGUUUUUUCUCUUAUAUGAUUUUUUUGGGGGAAUUAGGGUUUUCUGGAUUUUUUUUUUGUGGACUCUGAUUUACUGGGUGAGUUGUUAAGAUUGACUCAGAAGAUUUGCUGAAUUGUUGCAUUAGUUAAUCCGUGAUCUUCGAAUCUUCAUUAUAGGCUUAAGUAAGAUGGACAGACUUUGAGCGCAGGAAAUAGUCGUUUUUUUGGCGAAGUUUUGAUUCUCGUUUCUCUUGCUGAGAUGGGUUGUUGUAGUUCAAAACUCUCCUGGUGUUGUUUUAUAUCGAAGCGCAAUGGACCUUCUCAUGCAGGCAGUAAUGCUGAAAAUGAGGAGAAAAGCGAAACCAGCGAUUUGCCCGCAUUUCGUGAAUUCUCAGUCGAACAACUGAGGAUUGCUACGUCCGGCUUUGCAGCACAGAACAUAGUUUCGGAACAUGGCGAAAAAGCUCCUAAUGUGGUUUAUUCUGGCAAAUUAGAUAAUCAGAGACGUAUAGCUGUCAAGCGAUUUAACAGAUCUGCUUGGCCCGAUUCUCGCCAGUUCUUGGAAGAAGCGAGAGCUGUUGGUCAACUACGGAACAAUAGAUUGGCUAACUUGCUUGGCUGCUGCUGUGAAGGCGACGAGAGACUACUUGUCGCUGAAUUUAUGCCCAAUGAGACACUUGCUAAACAUCUAUUUCACUGGGAAGCACAUCCUAUGAAGUGGGCCAUGCGGUUAAGGGUAGUUUUGUACAUCGCGCAAGCAUUAGAAUACUGUACAAGCAAAGGGCGCUCUCUUUACCAUGAUCUGAAUGCCUACAGAAUACUCUUUGAUGAUGAGGGAAAUCCGAAACUGUCGUGCUUUGGUUUGAUGAAGAACAGUAGAGACGGAAAGAGCUACAGUACUAACUUGGCAUUUACUCCCCCUGAGUAUCUAAGGACUGGUAGAGUUACACCGGAAAGUGUAAUAUACAGCUUCGGCACGCUCUUGCUCGACCUCCUCAGCGGUAAACACAUUCCACCAAGUCAUGCCCUUGAUUUGAUUAAGGAUCGAAAUUUCCAAAUGUUGACCGAUUCUUGCUUGGAAGGUCAAUUUUCGAACGAUGACAGAACUGAGUUAGUACGCUUAGCUUCGAGAUGUUUACAAUAUGAAUCCCGUGAGAGGCCGGAUCCUAAAUCAUUGGUUACUGCUUUAAUCCCUCUUCAGAAGGAAACUGAGAUUCCUUCACAUGUAUUGAUGGGUCUACCUCAAGGUGGAGAUGUUGUACCUCUGUCAGCCCUCGGUGAAGCAUGCCUAAGAAAAGAUUUAACUGCCAUACACGAGAUUUUGGAUAAACUCGGCUACAAAGAUGACGAGGGAGCAGCUACUGAGCUCUCGUUUCAGAUGUGGACGAAUCAAAUGCAGGAAACAUUGAACUCAAAGAAGAAGGGUGAUUUAGCUUUUCGCAAUAAAGAUUUUCAGGUUGCAAUUGAAUGCUACACACAGUUUAUUGAAGUUGGAACUAUGGUUUCCCCGACCAUGUAUGCUCGUCGAAGUUUAUCACACCUCAUGAGCGAUAUGCCCGAGGAAGCGCUCGACGAUGCAGUUCAAGCGCAAAUUAUAUCUCCCAUCUGGCACAUUGCUUCCUAUUUGCAAGCUUCUGCUCUUUUCGCUUUGGGGAGAGAAAACGAGGCACAAAUAGCACUUAAAGAGGGCUCGAUUCUUGAAGACAAGAGGAAAGCAGCUUGAUCGUGAGAUCCAUCGGUUGAUUGAUUUUGUGUCCGUUGAUUUCUACUUCAACAAAAUCACCGGGGGGGGGGGGGGGGGUUCAUUUUUUGGUGAAGAAAGAAAGAUCAAAGUCUUGCCUUUUCAACUUCUCAAAAAGGAUACGAACAAGCAUAACCUUGCGACUAACCAUGGUUGAUUAACACAAUAUGGGGUGGUUAAAUUGAAUGGGGGAUCAAAUGUUGUUAAAGAACUGACUUUUUUUAUAUGCUAUAUAUACUGUAAUACUGUAAUUUGUGUACAGUGUUGUUAAAUUACAAUGACAAUGUUUGUGGAGAUCAUUUAUGGAUUUCAAUCUGUAAAACCAAAUCGUUUGAAUUUAUUUGGAUGAUUACAAUAGAUUUUGAAUUCUUACCUUA